GGCGUGAGCCACCGCGCCAGCCUGGCCUCAAAUCUAUUCCUAUUUUAAGACUCCAGUUUUUACAAACAAACAGAAGUGAAGAGGAGGACAGUGUAUCAGAAGAAUCUGAUAAGGCAAAGUGAUCAAAUCCAUUGUUCGUGGUAGCCACCUGGCGAUAAGGACGGCAACGCCUGAGAAAGGACAAAAGACGAUCUUCAGUAGGAGCCACCCACCCAGAGCCACAGGAAACCGAAAAGCUCACAUGGGCCAGGAAAGAAGGCACCCACGACGCAGACCACCGGCGCCGUCGCCGCGUCUCCCCGCGCCGGGAACCUCGCGCCAAACGGCCAAUCAGCAGCGACGCUGGACGUAUACGCCUUACGCCGCGGUAUUAGGGCAAGAUGGCUGCGCCCUGCAGAAUUUGUCUCGUCGCCUAAGUUUUUUGUGCCUCGCUCCUGUCAGAUUCAAAGUCACAUAGCGAUUUUUCUCCCAACAUGUUCUCCGUCCGAGGCUGUGGCCGCUGGGCCGCGGCUUCCCUCGUCAAACAGCACCUUCGGGUGGCCCGGUUCUGCGGUGACAGCGCGGCCCCCGGGACUCCGCACUUCGACGUGGUAGUCAUUGGUGGAGGACAUGCCGGGACCGAGGCAGCCGCUGCUGCCGCUCGGUGUGGCUCCCGGACUCUGCUCCUCACGCACCGCGUGGAUACGAUCGGUCAGAUGUCAUGUAAUCCUUCCUUUGGUGGCAUCGGAAAGGGGCAUUUAAUGAGAGAAGUGGAUGCCUUGGAUGGCCUGUGUUCUCGCAUCUGUGACCAGUCUGGUAUACAUUACAAAGUAUUAAACCGCCGUAAGGGACCAGCUGUGUGGGGUCUGAGAGCUCAAAUUGACAGGAAACUUUAUAAACAGAACAUGCAGAAAGAAAUCCUGAAUACCCCCCUGCUUACUGUUCAGGAAGGAUCUGUGGAAGAUCUUAUUCUUACAGAACCAGAGCCCGAACACCCCGGGAAAUGCCGUGUCAGUGGUGUUGUUUUGGCGGAUGGAAGCACAGUAAAUGCAGAAAGUGUGAUUCUGACUACUGGAACAUUUCUGAGGGGCAUGAUUGUAAUUGGAUUGGAGAGGCAUCCAGCAGGACGGUUAGGGGAUCAGCCUUCUAUAGGGUUGGCUCAGACUUUGGAGAAGUUGGGGUUUGUGGUGGGAAGGUUGAAGACUGGGACUCCACCCCGCAUUGCCAAAGAGUCCAUUAAUUUCAGCAUUCUAGACAAGCAUACACCAGAUAAUCCAUCCUUACCAUUCAGCUUUGUCAAUGAGACAGUGUGGAUUAAGCCAGAAGAUCAGCUGCCAUGUUACUUGACUCACACUAACCCUAGAGUGGAUGAGAUUGUCCUUGAGAACCUCCACCUUAAUAGUCAUGUUAAGGAAACUACAAGAGGACCCCGAUACUGUCCCUCCAUUGAAUCAAAGGUUUUGCGUUUUCCAAACCGUCUACAUCAAGUUUGGUUGGAACCUGAAGGAAUGGAUUCUGACCUUAUCUAUCCCCAGGGGUUAUCUAUGACGCUACCAGCUGAGUUACAGGAAAAAAUGAUCACGUGCAUCAGAGGCUUGGAGAAAGCUAAAAUGAUUCACCCAGGCUAUGGUGUUCAGUAUGAUUAUUUAGAUCCCCGUCAGAUCUCUCCUUCCCUCGAGACUCAUUUGGUUCAACGGCUCUUCUUUGCUGGACAGAUCAAUGGCACCACUGGUUAUGAGGAAGCUGCAGCUCAAGGUGUGAUAGCUGGAAUCAAUGCCAGUCUCCGGGUCAGUCGAAAGCCUCCCUUUGUCGUUAGCCGAACGGAAGGCUACAUAGGAGUCUUGAUUGAUGACCUCACCACACUGGGCACCAGCGAACCCUAUCGCAUGUUUACCAGUCGAGUGGAGUUCCGUUUGUCACUGCGCCCUGAUAACGCUGACAGCCGGCUCACGUUUCGAGGGUAUAAGGAAGCUGGCUGUGUGUCCCAACAACGAUAUGAAAGAGCUUCUUGGAUGAAGUCUUCUUUAGAAGAAGGCAUUUCUGUGUUGAAAUCCAUUGAGUUUUCAAGCUCUAAAUGGAAAAGCUUAAUCCCAGAGGCUUCUAUAAGUAUUACCAGAAGUCUGCCUGUAAGCGCUCUGGAUGUUCUGAAGUAUGAGGAAGUUGACAUGGAGUUAUUAGCUAAGGCUGUUCCAGACCCCUUGAAGAAGUACACUAAAUGUAGAGAGCUAGCUGCAAGACUGAGAAUAGAAGCCACUUAUGAAUCAGCAUUUUUCCAGCAACUACAAGAAAUAAAGGAAGUUCAGCGAGAUGAAGCUCUCCAGCUGCCAAGAGACCUAGAUUAUUUGUCUAUCAAGGAUGUGUCUUUGUCCCAGGAAGUUCGAGAGAAACUACAUUUCAGUCGUCCACAGACGAUUGGGGCUGCUAGUCGUAUACCGGGAGUGACACCUGCUGCCAUCGUCAAUCUGCUCAGAUUUGUGAAGACCACUCAGCAGAGACAGGCAGCUAUGAAUCAAUUGCCCAAGACUGACCAAUACUUAUAUGAUACAGACAAACUUCAAGAGAGAGAGCUAUAGCUUUCAUUUCAUAGAAGACUUCUAAAAAUUGUGAAUAAUUUAAGCAAUACGCAAGUAUAGAUAAGAGAUGAGAACUAUUUAGCACCUGUUAAAAUAGCUUUAGUAGGUUAUUAUGAGUUUGUCAUUAAUUUAUGAUAGAGGACAGAGAUUAUAAUUAUGCUUUUUCUGUGUCUGAAAAAACUAGUUGUAAACAAUUUAUAUUCUUUCUCUAAGAAGCUCUAAUAUGGUUAGCCUGUUCAUAUAUCUGUGCAUUGUUCAUCAAAGAGACAUAUAGUGAACCUAAAACUAAACCUGAAAACAAAAAUCACAAACUUGCACAUUUGCCUACUUAUAAGGACUUUGCCCAUUAAGAGUACUAAAUUAAUUAAAAGUCUUUGAACCUGU